AUGGAAGCGGUGGCCGCCGUUUUUCUCUUCGCUGCCGCGCUUCUGUCGGCGGUGGCCGGGUCGCCGGUGACUCUGACCCUGGAAAGAGCGUUACCUUCGAAUCAGGGAGUGGAGUUGAGUCAGCUCAGAGCGUGGGACAGCCUCAGACAUCGUAGAUUGUUGCAGUCUACUAACUAUGUUGUAGAUUUCCCUGUCAAAGGCACCUUCGAUCCCUCACAAGUCGGGCUUUACUAUACCAAGGUAAAAAUGGGUACUCCUCCAAGGGAAUUUUAUGUGCAGAUUGACACGGGGAGUGAUGUUCUCUGGGUUAGUUGUGGGUCCUGCAAUGGUUGUCCUCAGACAAGUGGACUUCAAAUUCAGCUCAAUUACUUUGACCCAAGGAGUUCAUCAACAUCUUCAUUGAUCUCUUGUUCAGACCGGAGGUGCAGGAGUGGAGUACAGUCCUCGGAUGCUAGCUGUUCCGGUCCGAACAACCAGUGCACUUACACGUUCCAGUAUGGAGAUGGCAGUGGGACAUCAGGCUAUUAUGUGUCAGACUUGAUGCAUUUUGCUAGUAUUUUUGAGGGAGCCUUGACAUCAAAUUCUUCAGCGUCUAUAGUUUUUGGUUGUAGUAUCCAGCAAACUGGGGACUUAACAAAGUCUGAUAGAGCAGUUGAUGGGAUAUUUGGAUUUGGGCAACAAGGCAUGUCUGUCGUUUCCCAACUCGCAUCACAGGGAAUAGCACCAAGAGUGUUCUCUCAUUGCUUGAAAGGAGAUAAUAGUGGUGGGGGUGUCUUGGUUCUUGGUGAAAUUGUGGAGCCAAACAUAGUUUAUACUCCACUUGUUCCAUCGCAGCCUCAUUACAAUUUAUAUCUGCAGAGCAUCUCAGUCAAUGGCCAAUUUUUGCAAAUUGACCCUGCAGUUUUUGCUACAUCAAACAACAGAGGUACCAUUGUUGAUUCUGGAACAACUUUGUCUUAUCUUGCAGAAGAGGCUUAUACAACCUUUGUGAAUGCGAUUACAGCUGCUAUUCCACAAUCUGUACGGAGUGUUCUUUCCAGGGGAAAUCAGUGUUACUUAAUAACCACCUCCAGCAAUGUUGACAUUUUUCCAGAAGUAAGUCUGAACUUCGCUGGUGGUGCAUCUCUGGUUUUAAGACCACAGGAUUACCUUAUGCAACAAAAUUAUAUUGGCGAGGGUUCAGUGUGGUGUAUUGGCUUUCAGAAAAUCCCGGGUCAGAGUGUUACUAUUCUAGGAGAUCUCGUUUUAAAAGAUAAAAUUUUUGUCUACGAUCUUGCUGGUCAACGCAUUGGAUGGGCUAACUAUGAUUGUUCACUGCCUGUGAAUGUAUCUGCAUCAGCUGGUAGGGGCAGAAGUGAGUUUGUAGAUGCAGGGGAGCUAGGUGGAAGCACUUCUUUACGUGAUGGACCUCACACUUUGAUAAGGACACUGUUCUUUGCUCUGUUCAUGCACAUAACACUAAUUUUGUAG